AUGGUAGCCAAGAAAGAAUCGAAAGGAUCCAAAAAGCAAAAGAAAAAAACUGUAAAGAAGAUCAAAAAGUUUGUUGGAAAGAAAUCCAAAGCAGUUAAAAGCACCAAGGGGAUAAAGUACAUUCUGGAUUGCACAAAACCGGUGAAGGAUACGAUUCUUGACAUUAGCGGACUGGAACAAUUUUUUAAGGAUAAAAUAAAGGUAGAUAAGAAAACAAAUAAUUUAAAAAAUAAGGUAGUAGUGACCUCUGAUGACUACAAAAUAUACAUUACAGUUCAUAUCCCCUUCUCGAAGAGAUAUAUAAAGUACUUGGCCAAGAAAUACCUAAAGGUGCAGCAAAUUAGGGAUUUUUUGAGAGUAAUUGCAAAGGGAAAGUUAGCGUACGAAUUCAAAUAUUUUCAGUUGAAUAAUUAA